AUGUGUAUUUGAGUGAGAGAGAGCCCUGUGUGCAGCACUGUGCUAGAGGAGUUGCUAGAAACGUGUGAACCGCUGAACUCCCGCGUGCGCAUCACCCAUCAAUGGGGAGAAACAAGCGCGCGCGCGCUCGAAAAAACCUAUCCGCUUAACGGAACUUCACCGCGUCCGUGCGCGCGCUGCCGCCCCGCUGCAGACGGACUCCUAUCUCUUUAUUUAUCUGAGUGAAACUGCUGAAAGGAAAAAAAAAAAAGAAAGAAGGAAAUCGGGGAAAGAAGGAAAUAAAUAAUAAAAGAAGUCGCGGAAGGAAAGUAGGCAGCGCGCACGCGAGGAGUGAGAGCUUUCAGCGGAAUUACAGUUGCUGAGAACAUGCUGAAAGGGAAACUGUCUAUAGACAGUCUUUGCAGGCUGCUACAUACAGCUGUGCGAGAGGACGUAUUCCAGCCUGCAUGGCGUACACAAUGGGCUCGAGGCCCAACGCCGGCCCCGCCAUUGGCGCUCAGCACUGUGUCACCAAGGUGGAGCUCUCCGUCUCCUGCAUGAACCUGCUGGACCGUGAUGUUGCCUCUAAGUCCGACCCAUUCUGCGUGCUUUUCCAAGAGGUGGACAGUAACUGGGUGGAGCUGAGCCGAACAGAGACAGCAGUAAACAAUCUUAACCCUGUUUUCGGAGUGAAGUUCCAGGUGGACUACCACUUUGAGGAGGUCCAGAAGCUAAAGUUUGCCAUGUUUGAUGAGGACAAGUGCAGCAGCCAGCUGUAUGAACACGACUUUCUGGGAGAGUUCAUCUGCACACUGGGAGUGAUUGUGUCCAAUAAGAAACUUUACCGGCCUCUUACCUUGGCCAACGGCAAACCAGCGGGAAAGGGAGCCGUCACGAUAACAGCCCAGGAGUUAUCAGAUAACAGAAUAAUCACGCUGUCCAUGUGUGGGAGAAAACUGGAUAAAAAAGAUUUCUUUGGUAAAUCAGACCCUUACCUGGAGUUCCAUAAACUAGGAGAUGAUGGGAAAUGGAUGCUGGUCCAUAGAACAGAGGUGAUUAAAAAUACGCUGGACCCUGUAUGGAAGUCGUUCACUGUGCCACUGAUUUCUCUCUGCAAUGGUGAUGUGGACAGAAACAUCAAGGUGAUUUGUUAUGACUACGAUAACGAUGGAGGCCACGAUUUCAUUGGAGAAUUUCUCACCACAGUGACCAAGAUGAGUGAAGCACAAAAUUCAUUAGAGGUAGAGUUUGAAUGCAUCAAUCCUAAAAAACAAAAGAAGAAAAAGAACUACAAGAACUCUGGAAUCAUCAUUUUAAAGUCCUGCAAGAUUACGAGGGAUUACUCAUUCUUGGAUUAUAUCCUGGGAGGCUGUCAGCUUAUGUUCACUGUUGGCAUUGACUUCACAGCUUCAAAUGGGAACCCCAGGGAGCCGUCCUCAUUACACUACAUCAACCCGAUGGGCAGCAACGAGUAUCUCUCUGCCAUCUGGGCCGUGGGACAGAUCAUACAGGACUAUGACUCAGACAAAAUGUUUCCUGCGCUCGGAUUUGGUGCUCAACUCCCGCCUGACUGGAAGGUGUCCCAUGAAUUUGCUAUCAACUUUGACCCUACCAAUCCGUUUUGCGCAGGAGUUGAGGGCAUCGUUCAAGCAUAUUCCAACUGUUUACCUCACAUCCGCUUUUAUGGCCCAACUAACUUUGCCCCCAUAAUCAACCACGUGGCGCGCUUCGCCUCACAGGCCCUGCAGCAGGACACAGCAGCGCAAUACUUCACAUUGCUAAUCAUUACCGACGGCGUGAUCAGUGACAUGGACGAAACACGCCACGCGAUAGUUCAAGCCGCCAAACUGCCCAUGUCCAUCAUCAUUAUCGGAGUGGGCAAUGCUGACUUUGCAGCAAUGGAGUUUCUGGAUGGAGACAGCAGCGUAUUACGUUCCUACACUGGAGAAGAGGCGGUCAGAGACAUAGUGCAGUUUGUCCCAUUCAGGGACUUCCGCAAUGCUCCGAAGGAAACUUUAGCCAAAUCGGUAUUGGCCGAGCUGCCUCAACAGGUUACCCAGUAUUUCAAACAGAGGAACCUGUCGCCUAGAAACACGAUGCCAGAGUGAAAGUUUGAAGCGUGGAGUUCACACUGCAUGUUGCCAAAAUCUCCUUACUGUUUACAUACUUACUGUUUCCUUGACCAUUUUGAAGGACAAAGCGCAUGCCUUUCUAUAAAUGAUUGUUUUUAAUAAAUAAAUUAAUGUUUUUAUUUAUUGGUUUUACAUAUGCCAAGUUCUAAAGCAAGAUGCAAUGUAAGGUUGGUUGUUUGUGUGUGUGUGUUAGACACUAACUCCUCUGACGCAGAGGUUCUUAUCUCCAGUCCUCAGCAUGACAGGAACAGCUCAUGAACCAGCAGGAUGUGUUUAAGAAAAAAAAAGAGAACGUUCAAACUCAAAAGGCACUGAGAACCUAAGAAGAGGAACCCCUGCUAAAUAUUUAUAGAGGAGCAGAAAACCCUUGAAUGUAUAUUUAUGUGUUUCAAGAGAUAUUUCGUAAUUGUAAUCUUUUCAGUAGUGCUUUGUAAUCCGUCAGUUGUAUAGUACCAUGGUCAAGGUGAUGUUUUUUGCUUUUAUACAGUUUGGUCAGUUUUUCCUUUUUUUUUUUUUUUUUUUUUAAGUACUCAGGUCAAUAAAUUUUACUUGAGGUGUUGCUAGCAGUCUUUGUUUUUUGUGUAAUUCCUCAUAAAGUUUUUUAAUCUGCAAUCUAGUUUUAGCAGGGUAUGCAGAGCACACUUCUGCAAUUAGCG